AUGGUCCUUCCACCAGCUGAAGACCAUGGGACCAGAGACUAUUUUAAAGCUGAGAAACAUGGUGUGACCAGUUUUGGGUUCAUUUAUGGUGCCCUCAACCACCUUCUUGACCUUGGACACUUUGGUGAUGGGUCCCACCCUACUUUGGCAGCCUUCAACGCGGCCUUGGGGCAGCCAGCCAGCCAGUCCUCGGUCUUCCCCAACCUCAGCAUUGCUGCCAACGCAGUGGAUGGCAACCGGGACGGCGUCUGGCACCACGGCUCCUGUGCCAGGACCUUGGUGGAACCAGAGCCCUGGUGGAGCGUGGACCUAGGUGGGCAGCGCACAGUGGCUGCCGUGCUGGUGAAGAACCGGCAGGACUGCUGCUGGCAGCGCCUGAGGGGAGCCCAGGUCCACAUCGGGGAUGCACCAGCAGAGCAGGGAAGGGACAACCCCAUCUGUGGCACUAUCACAGACGCUGGCCCUGGUUCCCUCAGCACCGUUUGCUGCCAGGGGCUCCGUGGUCGCUUUGUCACUGUGCUGCUGCCAGGCCGGGUGGACACCUUGGUGCUGUGCGAGGUGGAGGUGGUCCUUCAGGGCUGCCUUCCCUUGCCUGGAGCCCUCAACGUGGCUCUUGGCCGCGCCGUGGCUCAGUCCUCCACAAUCGACACCAGAAGCUUGGCUGCCAACGCCGUGGACGGCAACAGGGACACCAACUGGGACCAUGGUUCCUGUUCCCACACUGAGACGGAACUAGAACCAUGGUGGAGGGUGGACCUGGGCCAGCAGCACCUCAUCUCUGCCGUCACCAUCGCCAAUCGCCGCGACUGCUGCUGGGAGAGUCUCCUUGGUGCCCAGGUCCACGUUGGUGAUUCCUUGGCUGACCACGGCAAGCGCAACCCUGUCUGUGGCACCAUCCUGGAUACAGGGCCGGGUUCCACCAGUACCAUUUGCUGCAACGGGCUGCCAGGUCGCUACGUCACCAUCAUCAUCCCUGGCCGUGAUGAUGCCCUCGUCCUCUGCGAGGUGGAAGUGACAACACGGAGCUGUGUCCCCCCACCUGGUGCCCAAAAUUUGGCCCUGCGGCGCCCGGCGGCACAAUCCUCCAGCAGCGGCCACGCCGGCGGCGCCAUCAACGCCGUGGACGGGACCCGGGACGGGCAGUGGCAGCACGGCUCCUGCUCCCAAACCCAACUGCAAGAGGAGCCCUGGUGGAGAGUGGACCUCGGCCAGCGCCGCGCUGUGGCCGCCGUGGUGGUGAGGAACCGCCUGGACUGCUGCUGGCACCGGCUGAAGGGUGCCCAGGUCCACGUCGGCGAUUCCCUCGCUGGCCACGGCACUAACAACGCCCUCUGUGGCACCAUCACGGACACCAGCCCCGGUUCCACCAGCACCGUUUGCUGCCGUGGCCUUCGCGGUCGCUACGUCACCAUCACGGUGCCGGACCGAAAGGAGCAGCUCAGCCUCUGCGAGGUGGAGGGGCACGGUGGCUUUCGGCGGCACCACCACCUUCACCCAAUCCCCGCAGCCCAGAACGUGGCCUUGGGCCGUCCGGCCACGCAGUCGUCGCUACUGGACCCCGGCAGCGGCGCCGGGAAGGCCGUGGACGGGAACCGGGACGACGACUGGGAGCACGGCUCCUGCGCCCACACGGCGGAGCAAGUCGAGCCCUGGUGGCGUGUGGACCUCGGCCGCCGCCACAGCGUCUACGCCGUGCUGGUGCAGAACCGCCGCGACUGCUGCUGGCACCGCCUCAAGGGGGCCCAGGUCCACGUGGGCGAUUCGCCGGUUGACCACGGGCGCCGCAACCCCAUCUGUGGCACCAUCACGGACGCCGGCCCCGGUUCCCUCAGCACCGUUUGCUGCCGGGGGCUCCGCGGUCGCUUUGUCACCGUGGUGCUGCCAGACCGGGAGGAUGCCUUGGUGCUGUGUGAGGUGGAGGUGAUCCGGCAGAGCUGCACCCCCCUGCCAGGAGCUCCCAAUGUGGCACGGGACCAACGGGCAACUCAAUCCUCCACCUCCACCCGCUCCGGUGUGGCUGCCAAGGCAGUGGACGGCAACCGGGAUGGCAUCUGGCACCAUGGGUCCUGCAGCCACACACGGCGAGAGCAGGAGCCCUGGUGGAGCGUGGACCUGGGCACCCGGCAUGCGGUGGCCACCGUGGUGGUGAAGAACCGGCAGGACUGCUGCUGGCAGCGCCUGAGGGGAGCCCAGGUCCACGUCGGGGACGCACCGGCAAAGCGGAGCAAGGACAACCCCAUCUGUGGCAUCAUCACAGACGCCAGUCCAGGUUCUCUCACCACCCUCUGCUGCCAGGGGCUGCCCGGCCGCUACGUCACCGUCACCAUCCCCGGGCGGGAGGACGCCUUGGCACUGUGUGAGGUUGAGGUCUACAGUGUCUUGCCCGAGCUCUGA